AUGGGGUGUAACUCAAGUCGUGCAGAAAAUCCGCAAAAAACAGAGCAAAAAAUAGAAGAUCUGGUAUCUCAUAACUCUAAUUUGGCUAAUUAUGCAAAAGUUAAUUCUGUGCAUACACCAAAAGGUUCUAAAUCUUUUGCAGUUCAACAAAAUAACCAAAAGGCAAUUCAUUCGCCCUCAUUCACAUCAAUAGCAGAGCAAGUUAGCCGCAAACAAUCUAUACUUAGCUCACAAUCUGAAAGUGAGACAGACACUCCUGGAAAGCUAUCAAAGCUAAACAGCUUACUCUCCAAUUGUUAUUUAUAAAUUUUUUACGAUAGCAAUUUUAUAAAAAAUUUAAUGGAGAAAAUGGCAAAUUACUUACUCACCCCCCUUCUGUGAGUGAACAAAACCAUUAGAAAAAUCGCCAUUUUUUGCCAAAAAAACCCACUCCGUGAGUGAACAAAAUUUUUUAAUAGAAAAAAUAUUUUAUGGAAAAAAAAUUUGAUAUAUAAGUAAUAAUUAGUAUAAUGAAAUCUAGAGCUAAUUCUGUUUAAUUUUAAACAAAUUGCAUUUUAAAACAUAAAUUUUAUAAAUUAAAUUAAUAUUGCUUUCCAAUUUUUGCGAAUUAGGAUUUUUUUUAAUUUCGAACAAAAAAUUGUUUUUAUAAAAUUUAUAUUUAAAAACAAAAAUUAACCCCCCUUCUGAGUGAACAAAUUUUUUUGUUCACUCACGGAGGGGGGGGGGUUAAAGAAUUUAUACACCUUAAAACGGUGGCACGUGUCAACCUGACCUCUUGGCCCAACAGUCUAGACCUCAUGGUCACAGCAAAUUGGGAGGACUCCGAGUCAAGAAUCAAGUGCAGGCUAAAGAGAUGUGUAUCCGGGUAGGUUUUAGCUGCUUUCCUGUGGUUGAAAAUCGAGGCGUCCAGCAAUGUCCUUUUGGAUCCGAGGAGUCAUGGGCAUUCCUCGAACGAGAAAUUGGGGGUAUCGGCCCAGGCCACAGGGGAGUAGUCUUUUUCCUGUAUCAGUAGAAGGAAGGCACUUUGGCUCCGACAGACUUAAAGGAGUAGAUCUUUGAAUCAAGCUCCUCAAUCGUCUAUAGCAUAGCCACAGAAAUCCAUAAGCUGCCCAAUUAAAACAGAAGCUGCAAGAAAAGAAAGUAGCGCCCGCUAUUUGGGGUAGAUCCUCUGGGAAGCUGAAAAGCGGAUGAACCUCCUGUAUGGGAGCUCUUUGGUGACUGCCUCACCAAUAUGGCUAGCACCUGACUUUUAAUAGCCUAACCUAACCUACUUAAAGAAUUUAAUAAAGAUAUUCUAAAGCAAUGGUUAAGGCAUUAAUUUAUUUUAUUUUAAAAUUCAAAGUGGAAAAAUAUAAAUUACAAUUAAUAAAUUGAAAGUUGAUAUAUAAUUGCUAUCACUAUUUAAAUUUUUAGUAGCAUGCUUGCUAAAUAAUCAGUGAAGAUAGAGCAUUUUCGAAAGAAAACCCAAGAAGCGAAAAGUUAUCUCCAAAAAUUUUUAAAAAGAGCUGCAUACCUUGAAGGUAUAAUGGAAAAAAUUUCAAAAUCUCCCAAAGGCGCUUUCAAUUCUAGUGUUUUUGAAGCCCCUCUUGCAGAAAAUACCCCAGAAGAGAAGCAAACCACAAGCAGCGAUGAUUUGGUUUUGAUUCUAGAAGACCUAACUGAAAUUAAUUCAGCAGUUAAUAUUUUGAGUCAAAAGUUCACAACAAUAAAUACUGGAAUAAGUAAGCUGCUGAUAAAAGAUGAUAAUAGGCAUAGUGAAAAGGAAGCCCAAAAAGAAGAAAUUGAUCAAGAAAUAAAAAAAUGUGAAAGUGUGACUGAUACAAAAGAAGAUUAUUUGCAUAACUCCCCUCCAUCCUUGACCAAAAUAUUUAUAUUGAAAAUUUCCCAAAAAAUGAAAAUUAACCCUAUGGUUCUUCUUAUGGCGCUCAUUCAAUCAAGCAUAGGAAGGAGUAAGGAAAAUGCUGAAAAUAAUGAAAAUAAUGAAACAGAGGAAAAAGAAAACUUAAAAGUCGUAAAUGAAGAGCCGAUUAUAGUCAGUAGUAUUCUUUCAGAUCUCAUUGCAAGUCCUCCAGAUGUUCAGAUUGUAUGUCAAGAAGUAAAUGUGAUAAAUGAAGAUGCAGUAGAAAAAAACGAAUUAAAUGAAGAAAUCGUUCACGAACAAGGCAGACCAUCAGAGAAUAUAUCGAUUGACUCUGCACCAGAAAUGAUAAAUAAAUCAAGGGUUAUCGCUACCAAGCUCUUCAAUGUUACCACAAAGCAGCCUGGCAAAUCUAAGAUUGGCGCAAGACCAAAACUUGAAGUUGACUCUCUUGCCCCUUCUAAACCUCAUAUUCAGCCAAUUAUAACUCCAAAACGAAACUCUGACAUCGGUUCAAAAUUGCCUCAAUUCUUUUCUCCCUCUAGCAAACCUUUUGAUGAGCCUAAAAAGUUCCAAAUCGCCAAAGCCUAUCCUCAGAUUUCUCAAGUUAGAAUAAGAUCAAGUCAGGACUCACUCAACCUCAACGCAUUUGAUGCCCUGAAAAAGCAAGUUGAAGCAGAAAUUGACCCACAGAAACCCAAGUCUCGGAUCCAAAAGAUGAGUUUUGGAAAUAACCACCCAAGAUCCCUCUCAACAAGGUCAAAUAAUUAA